AUGAACUCUUGCAGAGCGAUUAGGGAUGAAUUAGCAGCUUGUUUAAGCCAAAGCGAAUGCGUUCAAAGCGGUAAAUCAGGUCAAGAUUGUCUAAGGAAUCAUAUGGACGAACUACCGGAAGAUUGUCAAGCAGUAUACAAGAGCUAUGUUCAUUGCCGUAGAGGGUUGCUAGAUAUGCGGAAAAGAUUCCGUGGAAAUGCUCCGGCAACAACAGCUGGAAAUCCAGCACCAGGUGGAACAAGCACAGUCGCUUCUUCAGCCGCAACUUUGAACGAACAGAGUUCCGCCAGAUCCGCCAAUGAUCCCUCUUCUGGUUUGAGCCCUGAACAAGCUGAAUAAUUGGUCAUCACCACACUGUAUAAUUAGCAAUCACACCUCUUCCCAAUACUAGAUGCAAGUGCUGCGAAAUCGCGAAAGAUAUAAAUUGCGAAAAGGAAUGUUUAGACAGGAUCAUACAUGCAGAGGUGGAAAGUGAAUGUGCACGAAAUGACACACUUCUAGAAACCCUUUGCGUAAUUACCUGAAGUGUAAAAGUCUUGUAAUUGUUUGACAAUCUUUUCGAGUGCGUCUAACCAUUUAUGCAAUUCAACAUCGACCUUUUCGGGAGGAGAGCCAAGUUUAGCAAAAAAGUCUUGACGAUAAGGACAAGCUUUCAUUGCGAGUGCGAAAGCUCCUUUGACGACGAAGUU